AUGAGAAUAAAGGUUGGAGCAGAGGAGAGGCCUAGAGAAGCAGUUAAUGUGGCAGAGAGGAGAGAAUCUUGUAUCUGCCGCUACAAGACGCUCUGUGAGUUCGAGGCUAUCAGAUUGCAGAGGACUCUAUACCUUCCGCCAUCCUCUUCAGUAUUGACUUUGCGAUCCCAUGUCGGACGACGUCUACGCAGAUUUAAUAGUGCUCGUGGUGGUGGCGGCGGUAUUGUUAGUGGUGGCACUCAUGGGAUGGUGUUAGGGAGCACUUCAGGCUCUACUUUAGUACCGAAACUAGACAACUUCAAAGCAAGGAGGUACCUGAAGAAGUUGAAGGAGUCAUGCUUCUGGAUAUGCGUCCAUUUGGUCAAAUCGUAG